AUGGCCGAGCCAGAAAUUACGCCCGUCACCGAGUGGCCGGACUGGCAUGCCAAUCCCAAUGGAGGCGAUCCCUUCACCCAAGACCUAAAUGCGCCCUAUGACAAGGGCGAUCUGUGUUGGAUUCUCGUAUGCACUGCCCUGUGCUGGCAAAUCACCCCGGCCAUCGGCUUCCUCUAUGCUGGAAUGCACCGAAGGAAGGCAGCUCUAACUAUGGUCCUGCAAAGUCUCUUCUGUGCUUGCGCUUGCGGAAUCCAGUUCUGGCUAUACGGUUACUCGCUGUAUCAGGCACGAACAACAAACCCCAUCCUCGGAGACUUGUCGCUGGCCGUGUUCCGCAAUGUCCUUGCCCAGCCAUCACUGGCGAACCCAGAUAUUCCCGACAUUCUCUACGCUGCCUUUGGCUUCACAUUCGUUUCCUGCACUGCCAUGAUCUUGGCCGGAGCCAUGCUGGAGCGCGGCAGACUGUUGCCUAGCAUGCUUUUCCUUCUCUGCUGGACAACUUUUGUCUACUACUUCCUCGCAUAUUGGGAGUGGAAUCCCAGCGGAUGGUUAUACAAACUCGGGGUUUACGAUUUUGCCGGUUCUGGUCCCGUUCACAUCGCCAGCGGCUUUGGGGCCCUUGCGUGGUCCAUGAUGCUUGGUCCUCGUGUCAUCGAUGCCGAUGCCGAUGGCCGUAAGAAGUUCGCUCACCACAAGCCGCAUAGCCCGUUGUUGAUGUGUCUCGGUACCGCCUUCAUUUGGUUCGGCUGGUUCGCCUUCAAUGGCGCUAGUACAGCCAACCUCAGCCUGCGGUCCAUCUAUGUCGUCGUCAACACCAACCUUGCAGGGUGCGGAGGUGGUGUCGGUUGGGUCUUGAUCGACUAUCUCUACAAGAGAAAGUUUAGUUUGGUUGGCUUCUGCUCGGGUAUUAUUGCGGGCUUGGUGGGAAUCACCCCUGCAGCGGGUUAUGUCCCCGUCUACGUCGCCUCCCUCAUCGGCUUUCUUACCGCCACAUGCUGUUACUAUGCCGUCAAAUACAAGCAUCUUCUCUCGGUCGACGACGGCCUCGACAUCUUUGCUCUCCACGGUGUUGGCGGCUACGUCGGUGAUCUCUUGACAGGCAUCUUCGCCGAUAACUUUAUCCCUGCUCUUGACGGCGUAUCCGGCAGCUCAUAUGCCGGAGGCUGGUGGAACCGCAACUUCCGCCAGCUUGGACUUCAGUUCGCCGGCGCCACCACAGCCGCAGCCUGGUCUUUUGUGGUUUCGUGCAUCUUGCUCUUCAUCAUCAACAGGAUCCCUGGCUUGCACUUGCGCGCGAGCGAGGAUUCGGAGAUUAGGGGACUGGAUCUCAAGUAUUUGGAGGACGUGGAUGAGGAGGGAUUAUACACGAAUGACUGCGUUCUGCAUGGGCGCUCGCCGCCGAGGUGUUCUGGGUCGUUGAAGGCUCCGACGCCGGUGAUGGAACCGGUUAGUGUUGAAGGGGGUGAGAAAAAGGAUUAG